AUGGUGAUAUUUAGUACAGCAAGAGUGGGAGGAGGGUACUAUUCUAUGUAUGGACAUGUGGAGAAACUAGCAGAAGAAAUAAAGAAAGGGGCUGCAUCUAUUGAAGGAGUUGAAGCCAAACUAUGGCAGGUCCCUGAGACACUACCUGAUGAGGUGCUUGGGAAAAUGAGUGCACCUCAAAAGAGUGAUGUUCCAGUUAUUACCCCUAGCGAACUUGCUGAGGCUGAUGGUUUUGUUUUUGGCUUUCCCACGAGAUUUGGAAUGAUGGCUGCUCAAUUCAAAGCAUUUCUUGAUGCAACCGGCGGUCUUUGGAGAGCACAGCAGCUUGCAGGCAAGCCUGCUGGGAUCUUCUAUAGUACCGGAUCCCAGGGUGGUGGACAAGAAACUACUGCGUUGACUGCCAUUACUCAGCUGGCUCACCACGGUAUGAUCUUUGUGCCCAUCGGAUAUACAUUUGGGGCUAGAAUGUUUGAAAUGGAGAAAGUGAAAGGUGGAAGUCCUUAUGGUGCAGGAACUUACGCUGGCGAUGGCUCAAGAAUCCCAUCUGAGCUUGAGUUGGAGCAGGCUUUCCACCAGGGGAAGUACAUUGCCACCAUCACCAAGAAACUCAAGGGAGCUUCAUGA